AUGUUUGUGGGUUAUACCGCUGUCGGUUUCGACAUAGCCCUGUGGGUACUGCUACUCUUGAGGAUCGUGGGGCUUUGGGGACUGUUUGCGGACCAGGGGAGAGGUGGGAGAAGCGAGGGGAAAAGCCAGGGCUAUGGAAUGUUUUUGAUAGCACUGAGUGUAUUGGGAUGGUCGGUGGUAAGUGAUUUUAUUAUUCUGGGCUCUUAUUGUGCCCCUGAGGGAGGCUAACACCAGGAUUAGGGAAGCUUUCCAUACCUACUAAAGGUAGGAGAGAGUAUCUUUGUUAGAAUGAUCCCAUAUAUCCUGACCCUAGGACUUGCUCUUGGUAAGAGCCAUUAUACCUGAAAAGAAUAAAGUAGAAUGUGGGAAGGUCGGCUAACGCAAUUUGAUCCUUUCAGGUGUCCUUGCUCUUUUCCCCUCCAUAGUGUUUUCUGUCCCUCUCAAGUGCUCGAAUGGCUUCUACGGCUCUCGUAUGCAACGUUUAGGGACGGUUGGGGGUAGCCCUCGACCAGCAGGGCCUUCGUCAUCACCAGCAUUCAAGCAGAGUCCUCCUCAAACUGGAGAUAUCGAGUCGAAUAAGCACACGACGGGCUUCUGCCCCCGAGAUAAGGGGCGUGCGACCCGGGACAGCAAUGUGUUCGGAGGUAUCAUAGGCGCGCCUAUUAUCCACCCUGGUGCUGCUUUGCCGUGGCCUUUGGAUAAUACUACAGGCCCUGACAGCAUACAGAGCACCUUAAAGGCAUAUCCGGGAGGGCCAAUUGGUGCAACAUCUGUUGCCCUCCAAGAAAAUUCAAAGAGAAAAAGUCUGGUAGAAACGCUCUUUCCAGCUCAUGCGGGCGGAAGAGCUGGUAUCUCAGGACCAAUACUUCGUGGAGGCGGUUUUGCGGAGCCGAGUGGCGAGAUUUCAAGUCCAAGGGCGACGCCCGCCGCAACCAAUCCCUUUCCAAAAGUGAGGACGGUAUCAUUGCGUGCGGCGAAGGAGGCAGAGAGACAGAGGAUCGACGCUCAGUUCGAAAGGGAUCAAAAGAAGCUACAGGAUGCGGCGGCUACAGCAGGGGACAGUGUAACAACACCCACGGCAUUGAAGAGUAUCCCGGUCACGCCGAAAUCAGGAAAGACCGUUGAAAGGACCACAAGUGUUAAGAGAAAGCCAGUGUUUCCAAACGAUACUCCUGGGCUUCCAUCAGGCCCAGCCCCUAGGGUGAGUGCUGUAGUUGGCAAACGGGGACCCCAACCCCAACGGAAUAAGGAAACUGAGACCGAGCCUGAAGCCGGACCGGAGAGCCCUUCCAGCCUAAGGGAAUCGGUCCUAGCGGCAGCAGUGGACGUCAAUUGGGGAGCAAUGAGAUAUAGUACAAACACAUUUGCUACUACGGAUGAUGAUGACACGACUCGUUAUACCGCAUAUUCGAACUUGCCCCACCCACUUCGAGCGCCUCCGAGAGAGGCAGGACCGGGGGGGGCCGACGGGGGUACGGAUGAUGACGCAAAGGUUCUGUUUGUAAACGAGAUCGUUUAUGAUCACCCGGCCCUAGUUAAUUCGCUUGUUAGAGGACCGGAUGCCCAGGAGGGAAGGAAGGACAUUGGCCUGACUACCGCUAGGUCCUCAGGCACCCCGAAUGGGACCACCGUGACCGUCCGAAGGAGCCCGUCGUCCACCAAGCGACCGCAGCUCCCCACGACUCAAGAGGCGGAUGAGGCACCCUCGGUGCCAAGUAUUUCAGCCUCGGUUAUGGACAGACCAAGACAUAUCCGAAAAGACUCUGGGAGGGGAAUCUUUCCUCCAGCGAGAGAUUCCGAAAUUGUUUUAGAGAUGAAACUCAAGAAGGCGGUCAAUACAAGCAAGUCUUUACCACCCCCACCACCGCCUACAGAACCCCUACCUCCACUGCCGGCUCAAAAUAAAGAAUUUCCGGCACCGGCCAUAGUUCCUACCGAAGCGCCCAGAGAGAAAAAGGUGGACAAGAGGCCCACGGAACUGGUUUUCCCUAUCCCCCCUUCUAGAGGACCAUCAACAAGGAAACCCGUGCCCCCGCCAGUUAGCAUCGAGCCCCUCGGACUAAUAUCGCCAGAAGUGGUGCGCAUGGUACCGUCUUCGCUUCUAACAGAACCGAAACUACGGCUACAAGAAGAGAGAUUAUCGGUUGCACCCAAUGUUCCCGAAAGAUCCGAAAGCCGCAUGGAUGUCAUUUCCCCCUUCCCCGGGGAUGACAUCGACUCUGCCACAAUCUCAGAUACAGCCUAUGAGACUGCCAAAGCAUGGAUAGCAAGUGUGGCUUCUGUUCGCAUGUCAACUGGUGCCCCUGUUUUGGUUAACGUCGAGGGAGGUCAUCGGGUUUCUUAUCCCAAAGGCUCCGGCAGAGAUUCUUUGACCAUUAAGCCCUUGCCUGCGCUUGCGUAUGAUGGGGAUGGUUUGGGUCCCGGAAGUAGUAGUAUUUCGAGUUCCACUUCUAGCGCGGUGUUGCGCAAGAGUGUACUUUCUUUUAUCGCAUCGCCGAAGGACACCCGCGGUGAUGGGGAUGUUACGGAUGUGGAAAUCGAUUCGGGUUCUGAAAUCGGGGAUGAUGAGGAUAAUUAUGAGGGGGUCGGGGACAGCAGCAGUGGUACUGAGACAACACAAAGUGAGGCUGGCGAAAUGAUCGGUGCUGGAGGCGAGGGAUACUCGACGGAGGACGAUGAAGAGGACGAAGAGUACCUGACCGACAGCGACUCACAAGAAUUUUUCGGUCAUAGAGAUGGAGUCGUUAUUUCGGGGAUGGACGAUGGGACCGAGUUUGGUAAGAUCGAAAUGGCCGAACGUAAACUUAAUGCUAAAAUGGAUUCUAUUGCGAAUGCCAUCCCAAAUAUAUCGGCAUUUCCCCGUCACUUCAACAUUGGUGAUCACAUUCCUACAUUUUCAGAGAGUAGAAGGAAGUAUGGCAGCAAGAGGAAGCCACCCCCGUCCCCUCUGGGGUUCCUGAUGCGCCAGCGGCAUAUGUCCCGACAACCGCCUAAUUUACAACAGGAUAGAAUCCAAGCUCGACUCACUUUGCUCGCAGAGAAUGUCAGUCGAAAUGUGGCUGUUCUGGAUGAUCUCCUUGCAAAAAUACCAGCGGAGGCAAAAAGCAAUAGGAAUACCCGGGUCAGCCUCACCUCUGACGGUCGUAAUUCACUCAUUGCAAAGCUUGAGCAGGAAAUGGGACAGCAGGAGAACCAGUGGCAUGGGAUGCAGGAAGUUCUACAGAGAAACUCAUCAGCAUCCGCCCAGGAGUCCCGGCCAUCCUCGAGAGUUUCUACAAAUCUAGCUCAACGCCGCUCACUGUUUGAGAAACUUAGUAGCGGAAUAGACCGACGCCUAAGCACUGCACAGAACUCCACUACUACUGUCUCGCGGAAUCUUUCUAGGACUACAUCUCACACAUCAACACUAUCAUCUAGUAUGACGGCUGGGGCAUGGCAGAGGCAAUUAGCAGAGGCUCAAAUUGAGUAUCUACAGCAUGCACCGUGGAAAAGCAACAACGUAACAACAACAAAUGCUCUCGUCAAGCCUUUCGCCAUCCUGAAAAGUCAGGACACACCCGUUUCGGUGGUCUCGGAAUCCGAAGAGUACGGGUAUGACUCUGUAACUGACUCCGAGGAUGAUGGUUAUGAGGACGGUGAAGAUGAGGAAGACGGUAUAAUCGUGUACGAUGGUUUGGAGAUUGGGUCACCGGCUAAUGACGAAUUAUGUCGAAAAUCCUCCUGUAGUAGUGACCACAACACCAACUUUCUUAUGCAGCACGAAGGGAAGGAAACUAUCACUAUUUUGAUCGAGGGGUCCUCCAAGUCAUCUACUCACAGGAGUGAUGAGGGGUUCGAAGGAUACGAAGCGGAGGAAUGUCUCGAAACACUACCGGCUACCGUGUACUCCCCUAGCAUGCAUUCUGAGAUAUCGGUUACCUGUUUCUCGCCUUCAAUGAAAGUAGUAUCGCCGGCCGAGGGGGCCUCGGCGUCCCUACUAUGGAGCCCCCGAUCUAUAUCCCGAGAGAGAGAGCAGGAAGCUGGGGAGACUUCUCUUUGGAACAAAAAUCGUCAAUCCGCCCCAGCACCACUAUCCCGCCCAGCUGCUAUGGGUGUCGGGCCUUUUCAACGAGUAUCCUUGGAACCUCCAACCAUCAGCAGCACUGAACUUUGGAAAGUGCGGAGCACUGAGCCGUUGUCUCCACGAUCAGAGAUCUCAGUUGAGAUUUGCCUAUCCCCAUCCAUUCAGGAACUCUCGCCGAAUCCGGAUCAACUGGGACCGUUCCCGCGGAGCCCGCAGCCAAAUUUCCCACAAAUCCCACAAACUAGCAUGCUUUGGAGUUACCGUUCAUUGGCAUCAGAGCCUCCGGUUGGCUCUCCCGCCGCAAUCGGCGUGAGGCCCCGCCAAAGUACAUUCUUGACCCCUCUAAGGAUUUACAGCACCAGGCUCUGGCGCAAGCCGCGCUCACACCCGACGUGUGAUGAAGGCGGAUUGUGGACCAAUCGCAAAGUAUUCAGGCCGAAGAGUAUAAUCACACCAAAGUCCACAAUCGUAGCCUCAAAGUCAAAGGGAAAGUCAAAAAGAGUAACAUUUGUCGAAGAAGUAGUUACAGGUCGGAUCCCAUUUCUCAGUCAAAGUUGUCAGUCGCUAAUGAGGUCAUAAUAGUCGAGCCUACUGGUUUCUUCGGAAAACUCAAAAAGUUAUGGGGAGUUCAAGAGACGGUUUCGGUGAAGCAGAUUGUCGAAGUUCCCGUCGCAAAACCUAUGGAAGAGACAACAGAGAUUCAGGCUCAGAGUGAUCCCAGAGAGCAAGAGAAGCCAAUCGUAGAUAUCGUUCAAGAGAUCACCUCAAGAUAUCGGAAUAAAGCACUUCCCGGGCCCCCAACUGGGGCGGAUCAGCCACUGCGGGGGAUCAAAACACUCUGGUCGAGAGAAAAUAUUGAGGCGCGGAGACAAUUGGCUGAAACUAGAGGGAUGUGGGCUGUCCCGUCGCAAAAAGCUGCCCCACGGGAGAAUGAAUUUAGGGACGAUAUUUCGGCAAUUCGCGCGAAACGGAGAGCCCCAGCGCUUCUUCCGGCUCUCACUUCUGCGCAGCUUUGGGGAAACCAGAAUUCCUCAGGAGUUCACGUUGAACCCGAUGAGAUCACUAAUGUGUCCGUAAACCUCUGGUCUCCCCCUCACAAAGCUCACCCUCCUCUAGAGGCUGUAAUUUCUGAUGGUUUUCAUGAACUCGAUGCUGAAAGCGCGGAUACUUCUCUCCCUGCUGGAUCCACUACCGGACUCUGGAAGCCGUCUUUAGAUUUGGUAUCGGACGAAAAUUCAGGCACGGAAGAAUUCACCCAUCUUUGGCCUUCUGCAAACGUACUAGUCUCCAGAGAUCAAACCAAUCUUUCCCGCUCGACGAAAUCCUCUCCGUUGGCUCUGGCAGCUCUUAUCUCAGCCGGCCUUUGGGCUUUGCCCUCUAGAGUUCCUCACAAACAGGGACUUUGGACCGCGCCCAAGAAAAUCACCGGCCUCUGGCCUCAAGGAGAGCGGCUUCAGAAGCCAUCUCCAGGUAAUCUUUGGCCGUCUGCAUCCCCACCACCUACCAUCGAAAAUUUUGUGGUUCCGUCUCACUCCUCUCCUCGCCUACUGGAAGCUGCUGUUGUAUGCUUCAAAUCCACCGGGCUCUGGAAAAUAAUUGCCGAAGAAUCAACAGAAUCCGGCUUGUGGCCCGUGCCAAUUGGACGGAAGGGACUGUGGCCUGAGGGCGAGACUGAGAGGCCAGUAUGCAUUGGAAGACUUUGGACUGCUCCCUCUGCUCAAUCCGAGACUGUCCGAAGAACCAAUAUCAAGUUGGUCAUGACAAAUGAUAGCGAGAGGGUGAUGUAUAAGAGGAGUCCGGUUGACACUAUCGCCGAUGUUACAGGCAGUAUGUGGAAUCCACAAGAGGGAAAGCCUGCGCAAUCAUCCGGAUGGCUAUCGGGGGGACAAGAAUUCGAGGCUUCCCCUACCGAAUGUGCUGAAUAUAUAACGAGCUCACCUACCCCGAACACCCCCAGCCUGCCGGAAUUAGUCCAGGAGCCGGUUGAUAUUGCGCCCGUAGAAAGUGCUUUGUGGACCCUAAUUCCGACUAUUGUUGCUUCACAGACUUCUAGCCGUCUUUGGAGAUAUCAAGCCAAGACCUUGCAGUCUACAAACCGAAUCCCUAGGGCUAACGUAAACGAUUCCGACAGCUUGCGAAAAGUCCGUCGAUCAAUUCACCGCAUCCUUGCACCAGCCAAAGGUCCUCUAUGGAAAAAGGAAUUAACCGGCAAGUCACACCCACAGCUUUGGGCGCAAUCUUCAAAAAGGGAUGGCCUAUGGAACAGCAAAGGGGGCACAACAGCCUUCACAAAUAUCAACGCGCUCUUGCAGAAUACUAACUCCUUAUGGACAAAACACGGUAAAUACGUGAAACCGGUCUUCGAUGAUCUCUCGUUGGUUUCCUUUCGCUCAAAAAGACAACUACCAAUGCGUCCUUUGGAAUUAGCCCACGGCACCCUCUGGGUAGCGCCUAUUCCUAUGAGCCAUGGGGAAAAAAAAGAUCACAAUCGGGGAUUAUGGAAUUCAAGGCGGGGGGUCGAUCAGGAAAUAUCGGAAGCCACGCCUCCACUCACAACCGCCCAAGAGGAAGAAUUAUCUGUAAGCCCGAUCCGUGCGCAUAAGCAUAACUUGCUCUGGCAACCGGGCGGGCCAGCUCAGCCGGUACAUUCAAGUUCGCCAAUGCCCCCUGUCACACCAUCGAAAAGCAAUAAGCGACAUGAUGAUUCCCCGCUUUUCUUGGCUCUGCCACCAGCUACAGGCUCUGUGUGGAUGGCUCCUGCUUCAAAACCAAACCCAUGUCUGCCCAGAUUAUGGACACCAUCACCCGUGACUCUCAGGGGACUUUGGUCUUUCGAUAACAAAACCCCCUCUCUCGCUCUCCUCGCCCGAAAAAACAAUCCUCUUUGGUCUAAACACAACACCCCAAAGCCAAUCUUCCCUACUUUAACGACCGAAUCUCGACGCACGUUCCCAACAAGGCCUGACGUUACAGUUUCCAUGGCAGGACCUCUCUGGACAUCUUCACCUGUUGAAAUUCGGCAACCGCAACUAUGGAAAUCACUGGGGAAAACAGGUGAAAGACUUUGGACCGUCGAAGGAACUGCUCCUCCCCUUUCCCAGAUCGCUGAUCCAAAGGUUGAGAAAACGCCAUUGUGGAGUAGGGAAAAUAAUACUACCGCUCCCAUCUUUUCCGAUCUAUCCCUCGCCUCGCUUCGAAGUAAGAGGGAUAUUUCUACCAAAACUUUACCCGUUGUUGAGGAGGGCCUUUGGACGAAGCGAAUCAAUCCCCCUGAAGCUUCGCGGAAAACUGCAGGAUUAUGGGGAAAAUUCGAAGAACUGCCCAAAGUGGAGGCUGCUCCUAAUCACGUUCCCAUACUCUGGAAUAAAGAAGGCAUCACAGCUCCCAUUUUUGCUCAUUUACCUACCGGUUCUGCGCGAUCAAAGAAGGACACGUCUUCGAUCGUUCUCCCGGUAUUCACCGAGCCUAUGUGGAAGAAGGAAGUCGUAUUUAGAGCAAAGCCAGAGUUGUGGAAGCCCACGCCAAAACCUACCGGAUUGUGGGAUGCGACUUCGAGGACUAAAACCUUGGCACAGAUGACACUUGAAAAGAAGGCAAAGGGUUCGCCUCUAUGGAGGAAGGAAGGGGCUCGUAGGACAACUAGCGCUAUGCCGAUAAGAACAGAUACUGCGGUACGAUUAUCGGACAGAACCGCUCUCCCGAAAGUGGCUGGAGGCCUAUGGAAGCCGAAGGUUCCAGUUAAACCCGCCGCGCAACUUUGGAUACGCAGGAGGUCAAUGAAGAUAGAGAAGCAGGCUGCAGGUAUUCUCCUAUGGACGCGAGAGACGGCAUUAAGAACCACAGAAGCUACCCCCGAGCGAACGAAAGUCUCCUUUACCCCCUCGGAUAGUCCCCUACCCAAGGUAUCCGGAAAUCUUUGGCAAAGGAAGACACCUGAGGGGCCGAAAGGGUUAUGGAAGCGAUCUCUCGGGACAGUUUCAUCCGCUGCCCUCCGACCCUCGGCUCCUCUAUGGUCUCGAGAAAAGGCCUCGAGACGAACAGCUGCUGUUCCUGAACGCCUUUCCCUUACUCCGAAAAAGACUUUCCCUGUCCAGGCUGAUCCCCCCAAGGCUUCGGGCAAUCUAUGGAAGCCGAAGGCCAAGGCCGCUCCUGAUGGCCUUUGGGCCAAACCCACAGUUAUCACGACCAAGCCCAUCGCCAUUCGUACUGUCCUAUGGACUGCAGCUUCAGCUUCUCGUACAACCUCCGCCGCGAUUGCACGGAGCGCUAUUCCAAAAAGAGUUAUCGAAGAGCCCCUGCCUAUAGUCUCUGGGAACAUGUGGCAGAAGAAGUCUCCCGAGAAAUCAAAGGGACUUUGGAAGCGCGAAAUCAAGACAACUGGGACCUCCUGGAAGACUGCAAAAACACCGCUUUGGACAAAGGAAGGCGCAGCACGCACUACAACUGCCAUUCCACAGCGCACCCCAUUUGUGCCAAAACCUGCCUCUACAAAACCGCUAGAGCCUGCAACCGGAGAUCUGUGGCAGCCUGAACUCGCUGAGAAAGAAGCUAUCACGCUCUGGAAACUGAAACCUGCAGUCCCUAAGGUGGGUGUUUGGAACGCAGAGGGAACAACCCCCUCGCUGGCGGAGAUCAAACGGGAGCUCGCUUCGAAGUAUACCUUAUGGCAGCGAAGAUCUGUUCUAGCAGCACGUGGCGCAAACGGGGAUAUUUUCAGCAAUCGAUCUUCAUUCAUCCAGAGGAAGUUAACCAUGAACCCAAUUCAUCUAGACACCGCUCAAAGCGAUCUCUGGAAGCCAACGGAGGGCUCUGGCGACGAUGAUGACACUUCAUGGAUGAUCACCAACACUCCGCCCACAGGGGCCCUAAGCCACACAUCUACACUUUCCGACAUAAGCGAAAUUUCGCCACUCACCUCGGCAGUUGAUGCAUACGAACCUAGGAUCAGGACUCAUUCCAACAAUCCCAGCAUUUCCUCCACGAGCGGGCUUUGGCGACCGUUGUCCAAUAGCCCAUCGUCUAAGAAGGCGGGGUUGUGGUCAAAUGAUGAGACUCCAGCGCCCUUUGUGGAUCUAACUAGUGAUAUUAGGGCCGAGCGGAUUCCUUUGCCCACCCAGAAGGAAAAGCCACUCGAAACCUUUGAUCGCUCUCAUAAUUUAUGGCAGCCGGAGAUCUUGUGUGACUCAAAGGUAAGGAUCGACCCCCUCCCUUCCGGCGCUAGGUGGUCCCAUAUCUAAUCUAAUUACUCUAGACAAUCCGAUCGAACUCCGACGCUUCUGAGUAUUGCACUGGCGGCUCGGUUUCCGAAUUCUCAGACGACUCUUUCUAUUCGGCUAUGGGCGCACACAGCGAGCAUGGAGGUGAGGAGAACGCUCCUUCAAAUGUAUUUGUUGGUCAAUUCCGAAGGGACAAUUACAUGAUUCGUGAGUUCCACUAUCAUCUCCAUUUUCAGGUUUUGGCACUAACGAUGCGCAGAUGUUCAAGCGCCUGAGCAGAAGCUAGCAGAUGAUUCCCCAUUUGCAAGCCAUUUAAGAAUCCCCUCCCUCAGGCGCAAGCUCCGAUCGGCAGAGGAGAGGAAAGGGCGGAUCACGGGCGUAAGUGAGGGGCAGAUUUCCGAAGCAGAGACAACGGAGAAGGUUGUGGCUCCUAGCGCAGGAUAUCUUUGGAGUAAGGGAAUUGUUUGAAGCCAUUUAAUGUCUAGGUAACAUGGCAUGGAUCGAUCUAACGCAUAGCACGGACAACUAAGCGGUUGGCCUUUUUUUUUUUCCUUCUUCCUCCGUUUUUCUUUUUAUUCCCUCCUCUGUAACUAUUUUUUUGUAUAAGUAAAUUUAAUGGUAAGCAGCGUUGGGUUGUGUUCGCC